UCCUCACUCUGCCAUUUUACCCAAUUCUCUAUUUCUCUGCAAUCCUCUGUCAGCAGGAAAAACAAAAUCCCUAAUGUGUCCCACGGGUCUCCACGUAAACCGAAACCUGGCCGCCCAAUCGGCGGAAAUCCGGCCGGCUUUCGAUGUCAUCGACGCCGACCGCGACGGCCGGAUUAGCCGCGACGAUCUCCGCUCCUUCUUCUCCCGCUUCCCCGCUGCUUCCGACGACGUCAUCGCCGCUAUGAUAUCCGCCGCCGACGCCGACCGAAACGGUUUCGUGGAGUUCGAGGAAUUCGAGAGCGUUCUUCCCGCCGCCGCCGCUGGCGGAAUGAUGGAUGAGGCCUUCCGCAUGAUGGACCGUGACGGCGAUGGGAGAGUGGGGUUUGAGGAUUUGAAGGCUUAUCUGAGCUGGGCGGGGAUGCCUACCGACGACGAAGACGUGCGAGAGAUGAUCCGUUCAGGCGGUUGCGAUGAGGCCUCCGGCGUUGGAUUUGAUGACCUUCUGCGGAUCCUGGCCGUUGAUUCUGGCAAGAGUGGCUGGUGAAAGAAUUGCGUGACAGAUUGCGAGGGGUGAUGAUGGACGGUUCUGAUGAAUUGAUGAGAUGGAAGGUUUUUAUUGCAAUGGUUGGGAUGAAUAAACUCCGUUGGAAUUUUGGUCUAUAAUUUUGAUUAUUUUUGGCGUGAUUGUUAUUUGUUACUUUAUAGAAAUUUUCAUGAUAAGCUUUGAUAUAGGUGAAAGGAAAUUUAUUAGAGAUUUCAAAGUA